AUGUGUGGUAUUUUCGGUUACUUGAAUUAUUUGGUGGAGAAGCAGCGAGGAGAGAUUAUCGAUAUUCUCGUGUCCGGUCUCCAGCGCUUGGAGUACCGUGGUUACGACUCUGCCGGUCUCGCUGUCGACGGUGACGCUCAGGAUGAGACCUUUAUCUUCAAGGAGGUUGGCAAGGUCUCCGCACUGAGGAAGAUGAUCGAGGAGGAGGGCAAGCCCAACACCUCCAAGACUUUCUUCUCUCACGUCGGUAUUGCUCACACCCGUUGGGCCACCCACGGUCAGCCUUCCCGCGUCAACUGCCACCCUCACCGAUCCGACCCCUCUAACGAGUUCGUCAUUGUCCACAACGGUAUCGUCACCAACUACCGCGAAAUCAAGGCCGUCUUGCAGAACAAGGGUUUCACCUUCGAGUCCGACACUGAUACCGAGGUCGUUGCUAAGUUGACCAAGUACGUCUGGGAAUCUACUGGCAAGAAGCUCGACUUCACCCAAUUGGCCAAGUUGGUUGUUAAGGAGCUCGAGGGUGCUUUUGCUUUGUUGUUCAAGUCUAUUCACUUCCCUAACGAGGUUGUCGCUACCCGUAAGGGAUCUCCUCUCGUCAUUGGUGUCAAGACCAAGAAGAAGCUCAAGGUUGACUUUGUUGAUGUUGAGUUCGGUCAGGCUCCCGAUGGUCCUACCGAGUCUUCCAUCUUGGCUCCUGACAGGCGCAUGUCUACUUUGACUGUCCCUGCUUCCCUCCAGGGUCGCCCCGCUCUUCACACCUCCCAAUCUCGUGCUUUCUUGUCUGACGAGGGUCAGCCCAUGCCUACCGAGUUCUUCUUCUCCUCUGACCCCUCCGCCGUCGUCGAGCACACCAAGCGUGUCCUCUACCUCGAGGACGACGACAUCGCUCACAUCGCCGAGGGUGAGCUCCACAUCCACCGUCUCCGCAAGGAGGGUGAGGCCGGUGUCUCCGCCGUCCGUGCCAUUCAGACUCUCGAGAUGGAAAUCUCUCAGAUGAUGAAGGGUAACUUUGACCACUUCAUGCAGAAGGAAAUUUUCGAGCAGCCCGAGUCCGUUAUCAACACCAUGCGUGGACGUAUCGACUUUGACAAGCACGUCGUUCGUCUUGGUGGUCUUGCGGCUUACAUGUCCACUAUCCGCCGCUGCCGUCGUAUCAUCUUCAUUGCUUGUGGUACUUCUUACCACUCUUGCUUGGCCACCCGUGCCAUCUUCGAGGAGUUAUCUGAGAUCCCUAUCUCUGUCGAGCUGGCCUCUGACUUCUUGGAUCGCCGAUCCCCCGUCUUCCGUGACGACACCUGUGUGUUUGUUUCUCAGUCUGGCGAGACCGCCGACUCAAUCUUGGCUCUCCGAUACUGUUUGGAGCGUGGUGCCCUUACUGUCGGUGUUGUCAACACUGUCGGCUCUACUAUCUCUCGUGAGACUCACUGUGGUGUUCACUUGAACGCCGGUCCCGAGAUCGGUGUUGCCUCUACCAAGGCUUACACUUCCCAAUAUAUCGCGCUCCUCAUGUUCGCUUUGGUCUUGUCUGAGGACCGUUUGUCCCAGUACCAGCGUCGUGUUGAGAUCAUUGAUGGUCUUUACGACAUCUCCAGGCACAUCAAGUCUGUCUUGACCAAGGACACGGAGAUCAAGAACCUCUGUGCUUCCGUCCUUCACGGCGAGAAGUCUCUCUUGUUGUUGGGUCGUGGUUACCAGCACGCUACCGCCCUCGAGGGUUCCUUGAAGAUUAAGGAGAUUUCUUACAUGCACUCUGAGGGUAUCCUGGCUGGUGAGUUGAAGCACGGUGUUCUUGCUCUUGUUGACGAGAACAUGCCCAUCAUCCUCAUCAUCACCAAGGACUCUUUCUACCCCAAGGUCCAGAGCGCGUUGCAGCAGGUUACUUCCCGUAAGGGCCGCCCAAUUAUCAUCUGCAACGACAAUGACGACGAGGUGAUCAACUCCGCAUACAAGUCCAUCCAGGUGCCUCACACCGUCGACUGUUUGCAGGGUCUCUUGACCAUCAUUCCUCUGCAAUUGAUCUCCUACUGGUUGGCGACGAUGAACGGUGUCGAUGUUGACUUCCCCAGAAACUUGGCCAAGUCUGUGACUGUUGAGUAG